UCUGAUGACGUAGCAGCUCCGUGAGUGAACCAAUCAUCUUGUCCAGUGGGAGUGGAGGCGAACCAGGCUCGCAGGACUGCACAUGAACUAAUGUAGCCUGAUCAAACAUCGACCACAAACUCAGUCCUCCAGUGAUAUCCUCAGGUCCUUUGAGGGUAAGGUCAAAUAAUCAUGGCUGCUACCUCCCAGGUGUUCAGGGUCAUCCAUGGCAGGAGGUUUGGUCGGAUCCUGGUGCCAGCCAUGACAUGCCAAAACUGCAGCCAGUCUCCUCGUCCAUGCAUCAAUGCAACUCAGCCGCACAGCUUUGAACAAAGUUGGCGGCACCAUGUGCGCGGAUACAGGACCUCACCUGCUUGGCACACCUACUACUUGACCCCACCUCAGGUUAACAGCAUUCUUAAAGCUAAUGAGUACAGCUUCAAAGUUCCUGAGUUUGAUGGCAAGAACCUCAGUUCGGUCAUGGGCUUUGACAGCAACCAACUACCAGCAAAUGCACCCAUUGAGGAUCGCCGAAGUGCAGCAACGUGCUUGCAGACCCGUGGCAUGCUUUAUGGUGUAUUUGAUGGCCACGCAGGCUGCGCUUGUGCUCAGGCACUCAGCGAGCGGCUCUUCUAUUACAUUGCCGUUUCAUUACUGCCACACGAGACGUUGAUUGAUCUGGAGAACGCGGUGGAGAGCGGACGACCUCUUCACCCGAUUUUGCAGUGGCACAAGCAUCCCAACGACUACUUCAGCAAAGAAGCUUCACGCCUCUACUUCUCCAGCUUGCGCACAUACUGGCAGGAACUUCUGGACCUGAGCGUUCCUGGGGAGCAACCGGAUGUUGCUGAAGCUUUUGUGAGUGCUUUUAAAAGGUUGGACAAUGACAUAUCCCUUGAAGCACAGGUUGGUGACCCAAAUGCAUUCUUGCACUACUGGGUGCUUCGUGUUGCAUUCUCAGGCGCUACUGCAUGCGUUGCACACAUUGAUGGUAAUGAGCUGCAUGUUGCCAACACUGGAGAUGGCCGUGCAGUCCUGGGUGUACAAGAACCCGAUGGCUCAUUUUCUGCCCUCACACUCAGCAAUGACCACAAUGCGCAGAAUGAAUCUGAGAUGAAGCGUGUGCGGUCCGAGCACCCGCUUUCUGAGUCCAAGACUGUGGUGAAGCAGGAUCGACUGUUGGGGUUACUCAUGCCGUUUCGUGCCUUUGGAGAUGUUAAAUUCAAGUGGAGCAUCGAGCUGCAGCGGCGUGUUCUUGAGUCUGGACCAGACCAGCUCCAUGAGAAUGAGCACGCCAAGUUUAUCCCACCCAACUACCACACACCACCGUACCUUACAGCGGAACCAGAGGUGAUGCGACACCGUCUUCGUCCACAGGAUCGUUUCCUGGUGCUGGGUUCGGACGGGCUGUGGGAAACACUACACAGGCAGGAGGUGGUGAGGAUUGUGGGUGAACAUCUCACCGGAGUGCACCAGGAGCAGCCGGUCAGUGUUGGCGGCUAUAAGGUGACCUUGGGUCAGAUGCAGGGAUUGUUGCAGGAGAGGAAGGCUCGCAUCUCCUCCACCUUCGAGGACCAGAAUGCGGCUACACAUCUGAUUCGGCACGCGGUUGGGAGUAAUGAGUUUGGAAUGGUAGACCAUGAGAGGUUGUCGAAGACAUUAAGCUUGCCAGAGGAAUUAGCCCGCAUGUAUAGGGAUGAUAUCACAAUCAUUAUAGUGCAGUUUAACCCACACGUCAUUGGUGGACAGUAGAAGCGGACAGACUCCUUCUUCCACAUGCUCUGUUACAUACAUCAUCAAUUUUAAUCUUACGCACAAUCUCAUCACUGCAUUAUCAGUAAUAUCAGCACAGCAAAAUGUUACCUAUACCAGUGGAAUGUAUUACUAUGAGUGUAUUUUUAUGUUCAUUUUUAUUUUCACAUAUUCAUGGCAGCUGCUUUUGAAAGGAAUCGUAAUAUUCAGUAGGUGAGCAGUGUUGAUUCCUAGCGUAAUAUGCGGAAUGAAGCCAAACGGAAAAAAAAUUAUGAUGAGCUUACCGCAGACCUACUAUCACAAUUAAACCCUCAAAAUGUAACACAAAAGCAUAUAUCAAGAUGGGAAAUUUAGUAAUGUAGGAUUAGCAGAUUUUACAGAGAUUUUAUAUAGUGCUUGUAUUCUGCCGGAAUUUGCUUUUAUGUUGUAUGCUUUUAAUUUUUGAAUGAAUGAAAAAGGAAAGUGAAACAAAGGUCAUUUAAAAUGGUGAGUGAGGAAGAAUGAGAAUAGGAAGCAAUAUAGGUCCAGAUAUGUUCUUUUAAGUUAGUGCUCUGUAACUGAGAGGUGUAAAUGAGAAGUUACCUUAAAGGAACAAUUUAAAAAAUUUAAAUUCUGUCAUUUACUCACCCUCGUGUAAUUCCAAACCUAUAUGACUUUCUUUGUUCAAAAGCAAGAUAUUUUGAAAUAUGUCUCAGUGACUGAAAGUCAGUGGGGUCCAGUCUUAUUUUGGACCCCACUGACUUGCUUUAUAUGGACAAAAACAGUUGCUCAUAAUGACUUUUUUUUUUGUGUCCUACAGGUUUAGAAUGACAUGAGGGUAAGUAAAUUAUGACAGAAUUUUCAUUUUUGAAUUCACUCUUCCUUUAAUGUUUUAUUUAGGUUCUAAUGAACCAAAUUAGCUUCUAAUGCCAUUAGCCAGCAACAUGAAAGCAGCAGUGAGGUGUGUUGUUUCAUUUUCUUGUAAAAUAUUUUAUUUUAGUAUCAUCUUUAUUUGACUGUUGUUCUUUUUGAACAGCAUGCCUUCAGUAGAUACAGUUUUCCAUGAAGCGUGUCUUGGAGUUCAAGUGUCAUCAAAACAUGGUUUGCUCAACCAAAUUAUUUUCUUAUUACUGUUAAAGUCCUGAUAAAUUGAUCUGCUUUAUUUUUUUGCCUGUACAUGGAGUCAGAAGUUGGGCAUUUGAUGUUUUUUUUUUUUUUUUUUUUUUUUUUGAUGGUUACUUUCAUAUCUUUCUUUCUUCAGUCCCUUCUGACAGUGAUCUUAUAUUUAUAAUGCUGCUGGCCAUUGCUGAAUUCCCUGUUUGGUUUCCUGAUGUGUGCUGCUUUUCUCUGAAAGGUGAAGGAGAAGUAUUUAAGGAAAUAGAGGUUAAUGACAAAACAAACCAGAUAUAAGAUGCCAACAGACCUGUAUGAUUACACUACAGUGGAGAAAUGUGAAGCUGAAGCAUUUGCUUUGUAGAUUGUGUUGCCAAAGUAAUUUAUUUGGUUUCUAAGUAUUUUUUUCAGGUGUGUCAAAAUUUUUCAAGUGAUUACCGGCCACAGGGUGGAGAUUAGAACUUGAGUUCAAUGUCAUUUUUUUGGCCUGAGGGUUAUUGGACAAGGUUAAAACCAUAACUCUGUGAUUGUACUUUCUUACACGUUUUCAGUAUGUUCUCAGCUCUUGCACAAGAACACAGCUGAUUACCACAUGAAGUGUUUCGAAUGAUAGUCAAUCAGCAAAAGUUAUACUGUAAUAAAGUUAUAGGCUUGCUAAAGUGUAAAUACAGACUGCUUUAUAUUGGAAAAACAAUUGCUUAAAGGUGGGGUAAGUGAUUUCUGAUAGCCAAUGUUGAUAUUUCAAGUCACCAAAACAAACACGCCCCUACCCCAAAAGGGUCUCGUCCCUAUUUUGAUAGCGCCACCCCACACAUACGUACGCAACCCCAGCAACGAUUAUGGCAGGAUCUGAUGUGCCAGGCGGCCGAGGGUAUGAUGUCAUCAAUAAGUGAAGUGUGUUUUGGUAUUACUGUGUGUUUUAACAGCAUAUAUUCUGUGAAACAAAGCAAAACCAAUGUUACCUAUCGAGAAGAAACAAAGCAACCUUGGCAUCCAAUGGCAGGCCUUCUUUUGUUCCACAGACGUUUUCUUCUUUAAUUUUUUAUCCGCCAUCUCUAUCUUUCUGUCGUUGCUCGGCUCGGCUAAUAUCCAUCCUGUGCACUGAGCACUUUCUCCUCCACAUCAUGAGUAGACACACCCCUUACUGCUGACUGGCUACAAGUUUUUGGUACUUGGCCAGACUCAGUUUUCUAAAGCAUUUUU